GUAUGAGCGUGCGUUUACACUGAUUUGUAUCACUGUGCGAUGGCUUCCGACGACGAUCUGGAAGAUUUCACAUUUUUAUGUGCUGGUACACUUGCUCUUUUGGAAGAUGAUAGGAAGAAAAGGCGGAGGAAGCGUAGAUGGUGGGAGAGAGAGUUUCUUCGCAAACGCGCUACUCAAGGAGCUUACGCAAUGCUCGUUCAGGAAUUAACGCUAGAGGAUGGCGCAUAUUUUAGAAAUUAUGUUAGGAUGAGUAUGGAGGAUUUCCGCCGUUUGCUAUCUCUUGUUGCUCCUCUUGUGUCCAAAACCAACACAAACUUUCGGGAAGCGAUUCCACCAGAGGAUCAGUUGGCUGUAACACUCCGUUUUUUUGGCCACUGGGGAUUCCUUUUCGACGUUAAUGUAUCUGCAUAGAAUAUCAAAAAGUGCCAUAUGCAACAUUAUUCUUCGUGUUUGCGAGGCCAUUGUGCAAGUUUUAUCCCAUGAAGUGAAGCUUCCUGCUACUGCAGAGGAAUGGCUGAAAAUUGCCAAAGAAUACGAAGAAAAAUGGAAUUUCCCCAGGUGUUUGGGAGCUAUAGAUGGGAGGCACAUUGACAUUGUGGCACCACCCAACAGUGGAACAGUUUAUUUUAAUUAUAAAGAGCGCUUCAACAUUGUUUUGCUAGCAAUUGCUGAUGCUAAUUAUAGAAUAAUUUACGCUGAUGUUGGCACGCAGGGGAGGAUUUCAGAUGGUGGUGUCCUUAAAGACACCACAUUUUACAAAAUGUUAGAAACCAAAACUCUAAAUAUACCACCUUCAACUCCUCUUCCUGGUAGGAGCAAGCCUGUUCCAUAUGUUUUCGUCGCUGACGAAGCCUUUGGCCUAGAGGAAAAUAUUGUAAAACCAUUUCCAGGUCUGCAUGAAAAAAAUAGUUGACAACGUAUUUUUAACUAUAGAGCAUGCAGGGCAAGAAGAGUAAUAGAAAAUGUAUUUGGGAUUAUAAGUGCUGUUUACAGAGUGCUGAGGAAGCAAAUGCUUCUCAGUCCAGAAAAAGCUACAGUGGUGGCACUAGCCUGUGUUUAUUUACAUAAAAUUCUUCAAAACAGAAAAUCUCAAAGUUAUUGUCCAGCAGGAACAUACGACAGAGAGGGAGAUGAUAGCAACGUAAUACCUGGGUCCUGGAGGGACACCCCUACUGUGCUGGAGCCACUGCCCAGAACUGGCUGAAGAACUUCAUUGCUGAAUGUCAACAGAAGAGAAUAUGCUGAAUACUUCUGCAGUAUUCAGGGCUCCAUCCCAUGGCAGUAUGGAAAAUAAGUUCCACAUCAUUGUUAAAUGAUGACAUAAAGUAAUAUGCUCUAUUCUUCUGCAGUAUUCAGGACUUCAAACCAUAGCAGUAUGGAGAAUCAUGUUUUUCAGUGAAAUUGUAAAUAUUCACAUUAUGUAAAGCAUUAGCACGAAAAAAUGU